CGAAUUAAUAACAUAACUCAGAUUUUAAUUGAUCCUUCUUGCCCUAUUUGUUAUCUUGGAAAUAUCAUCCCUGACACACAUAGAUUCUUAAAUUUUUGGGAUUGGCUUUCAUCUGAAUAUCCCGUUAUUAGUUAUACUUCUAAUACAAAACACCAAUUAAAUCGUCUUAUUUCCUGUACAUUACCUGAAGCUAUCUUAGAACGAAUUGAGCUCUUAGUUUUAAGUAUUAGAUAUAACAGAUCUUCUAGUUGUAUUAUUUCUCUAAGGCUCUUAAAAGAAUUAGAUAUGGAAAUUGACCGACCUUCAAAAACCAUAAUGAUAAAUGUGAAUGGUGAAAGACAAAGACCAAUUGGAAUG